AUGCAGUGUCAAGUCUCAGAUGAAGAUGUCGAACGUGUUAGAGACGACCGAUCCGCAGGUUCAAUCAGAGGAUGGAACUUUAAUAUGGGCGGCGUUACCUACGAGCCUCGCGGGCAAUGCAGAUCGCAGCAGCCCCUAAGCGAGAGCGCAUAUUCGUCAGAGAAGAAUGCCCAGGAUUUUAAAGCGGUUUGCGAUAGAUAUGGAGUGAAGACAGCAGUUUUGGCAGGAUGGAGCUAUGGGGGCUUAAUUGCAACGGAUGCCUUUUCUCACUUGGGGCCAGGUUGGAUCAGAGGGAUAGUGUAUCUGUUGGGGGUUCCUUGGAGAUCUAUGCUCCCUGAAGUUCUUCAUUCCGAUGGAGUAAAUGCUCUUCAACCGCUCAUUGAAGGCGAUGCAGAGGAAGUGGCGAAAAGUCUUUCAUCUGUGCUAGAUACAUGCUUCCACUCAUCCAGCAUCAGUUCAAUGAGCUACAGCGAACACUCAGCAUUGGCAGGAGUAAUCGCGCAACAAAAUCCUACCGCAAGACGUCUUCUCAUGAAUGCAAGACAUCAAGAUCAUACAAAGCUGCUUCAAGAAGCAAAGCACUUACCAACUAUGCUUGUGAUUGGUGAGUUUGACCGGCAAAUAUACUGGGGAAAACUGGACAGCUUCCUAAAGGGACAUUUUCCUCUAUACCGUUUGAGCCUCAUUGAAGGCGUCGGACAUUCAGCGUUUUGGGAAAAGCCCGAAGAAGUAAACCCAUUGCUAGAGACAUUUGUCGAUGAGUGUAGAUAA